AUGUCAACACCAACUACAGCGACGGCUACGCUUCCACACUACAAUCCUCACCAUUACCAGCCCUCCUAUGCCCAUUCGCACACGCAUCAUCAGACCUAUCAGCCGAACCCCAGCGCCAAUUUUCGUUCUACUGUAUCGAAUCAGAAUAUCCUACCACCUCCCGUCUCUUCGGCUGUGUCGCCGCCUUCCCACAGUGCCAUUCUGCCGCCGCCCUACCAGCUGUCGCCUUUGGGAUACUCUUCAUCGGGUUCGAAUGGAAUAAGUUUGACCAACUCCAAUUCUCGCUCUGCACACCACGCUCAGGAACCCAGCCCGCGACACGACGCGGCAUACUCUACAGGAAGCAUGACGGAGCGUGCCCCUGCCACUCGCGCUGAGCAACCCUCGAGAAAGCGUAGACGCUCCAGAGAGCCCGACUGGGGCACCUUCUACAAGAAUGGCCUGCCAAAGGAAAUCAUUGUCAUUGACGACACACCCGAACCUGAAGCAAACACGAGCCGGAAAAUUACAAAUGGCACUGCUGCUGCGCCCAGCGAUAACACGAGCAGUCAGGUGGCUAAGAAGAGGAGACGAGAAGACGAGUCUGCCACUGUCCAGGCCUCGGGUUAUCACAUCAAAUACCUCGAAUCACAACACAACACCCCUUUGCAGGUGUCAACACCAGCGGACUCGUCCAAUUCUAGCAGUGACCGCACCAAUUCGGCACUUAACACCACCGCCCCGACAUCACUUUCGUCCAACGGCCAGUAUGAGGAGGCACUGGCUCCUCUUAAGCGGAAACGCACCCGUCAACAGGUGGCUAACGAAGCCAAACGUCGCGAUGUGGAUGGCCUCGGGGACUUCUUCACUUACAAACCUCCACCUUUCCCUCCAAAGAAGGCGUCUGAGGUCAACGUACAAGUUAUCCAUGACCGACACUACAACAAAAACGUCAAGGUUGAUGAUGACGAUGGCCAUUACAUUGUCGUUCCUGAUGCUGAACUCACAGAAAAGUACCAGAUUGUCCGCCUACUGGGCCAGGGAACCUUCGGCAAGGUCGUUGAAGCCCACGAUCGGAAACGUAACAAGGCCGUGGCGGUCAAAAUCAUUCGAUCAGUUCAGAAAUACAGAGAUGCCUCACGGAUAGAACUGCGCGUUCUCGAAACCCUCAAACGAAAUGAUGCAGAGAACCGUAACCGAUGCAUCCAUCUACGAGACUGUUUCGAUUAUCGUGGCCACAUUUGUAUCGUCAUGGACUUGCUCGAUCAGAGUGUUUUCGAUUUUCUCAAGGGCAAUGGAUUCGUUCCUUUCCCCAACAGCCAGAUUCAGAGUUUUGCCCGACAACUCUUCACCAGUGUUGCCUUUCUGCACGACCUCAACUUGAUCCAUACCGACCUUAAGCCCGAGAACAUCUUGCUCUGUAAUCACGCCUAUCAGACUUUUACAUAUAACCGCAAGAUCCCUUCCUCCUCUUCAACUAUCAACCGCCAAGCUACACAGAGACGUGUUCUACUGGAUACAGAAAUUCGGCUCAUCGACUUUGGUUCUGCUACAUUCCAAGACGAAUACCACUCGUCGGUGGUUUCAACACGCCAUUACCGUGCCCCAGAAAUCAUCCUUGGACUUGGAUGGUCAUUCCCUUGUGACAUUUGGAGCAUAGGAUGCAUCCUUGUCGAGUUCUUUACGGGUGACGCUCUCUUCCAGACUCACGAUAACUUGGAACACCUGGCUAUGAUGGAAGCCGUCGUCGGAUCAAGAAUCGAUAGCCAUCUUGUCCAGGCUGUCAACAAGAUGUCUACAAGAAGUGGUGGUAAUGCCGCCUCGAAAUAUUUCAAGAGACUCAAGCUUGAUUAUCCUACGCCAGAUACAACCCGCGGCUCCCGUCGCUUUGUCAAGGCGAUGAAGCACCUCGAUCAAAUUAUUCCCGGAAACAACACUUUCCUCAAGAACUUUGUCGAUCUGCUAAAGAAGAUAUUCGUCUAUGACCCUGCCCAUCGUAUUACUGCAAAGCAAGCCUUGCAGCAUCCUUGGCUUAAGGAGAUGGCCCAACCUGACGACGGCACCGAGGCGGCUAAGAUCCGCAUGGAGCGGAUACGCAUCGAACAACAGGCUCAGAGACAUGGAUAUGUCCGAAGUUGA